GGUCUGCAUGCGGCGCGAGGCGGAGCAGCUGUAGUCAGACGGGAUGAAAGCUGCCGCGCGCUUUUAAAGCGCCCGUUCUGUGUGCGCGCGAGGACGGAGGGAUGCUGUUGUAGCGCGAGCGCGGAGACAGCGGAGCUCGCGGGUUCGUCAGUCACAUUCCCAGCUUUUGUUAGAGCACCUGAGGAGGAGCCAGAGGAGGAGGAGGUGGAGGAGGAACACACAUGGAGACCGACAAGAUCCUACCGGAGCUGCAGGCGGAGAAGGACGCGCUGGACCCGGCCUUCCAGCACUGUCUGCGGCUGCUGGAGCGAGAGAUUGAAAAGAAUCAGAGAGACGAGGGGAAGGAAGAGGAGAAAUUCAUCGACGUCGUCAUCAACAAGAACAUGAAACUGGGCCAGAAAGUUUUAAUUCCAGUCAAGCAGUUUCCUAAAUUUAACUUUGUGGGCAAACUCCUGGGGCCGCGUGGGAACUCGUUAAAGAGGCUGCAGGAGGACACCCUCACAAAGAUGUCCAUCCUGGGAAAAGGAUCCAUGAGAGACAAAGAGAAGGCUGCAAAUGACUUCAACAAAAGUGGGAAGUGUGAGCAGGAAUCUGUGGAUAUGAGCGUCUUCAGAGGCUCACGUUGA